CUAGUGUUUUGGCGUCGAUUAAUCAUGGCGGAAUCGAAGGGGUGUGAGGGAUCCGAAAUGGAAUUUCAAUAAAAAACAAAAAAUACUUUAAAUUAAUGGAUGAAAAAUUGAUUAUCGAAAGAAAGUACAAUGAAUACAGUCGUCUGCCGGCCGGGAUUAUAACUAAGACCCUGUUUUCUUUUCUACAGUGAAUGUUCAUGAUCCAGCAGGAGAGGCCCCAGCCAGCAGCAGCCAUGCCUGUUGUGUGGCCCACCCUCCUGGACCUCAACAGGGACGAGUGCAAGAGGAUUCUCCGCAAACUCGAGCUCGAGGCAUAUGCUGGGGUCAUCAGUGCACUGAGAGCUCAAGGGGAUCUGACUAAGGACAAGAAGGAUCUUUUGGGAGAACUUACUAAAGUCCUCAGCAUUUCAACUGAGCGCCACCGUGCCGAGGUUCGCAGGGCUGUGAAUGAUGAAAGGUUAACUACGAUUGCUUAUCACAUGUCGGGGCCCAACAGCUCUUCAGAGUGGUCUAUCGAGGGCCGCCGGCUGGUCCCCCUGAUGCCCAGAUUGGUCCCGCAGACGGCAUUCACGGUCACGGCCAACGCGGUGGCCAACACAGCGGUCCACCAGAACGCCUCGCUCCUGCUGCCUUCGGAAACCGGCAACAAGGAAGUGGUCGUCUGCUACUCCUACACCAGCACCACCUCCACUCCCACCACCGCCACCGUGCCCAGCGGCAGUGCCGCCGCCUCCGCCAUCAAGUCGCCGCGCCCCGCCAGCCCGGCCUCCAACGUGGUGGUGCUGCCCAGCGGGAGCACCGUCUACGUAAAGACUGAGAAACCAGCCCGCCCUCUCUCCCCAGGUGUGAGCUGCUCAGAUGAGGACGAGAAGCCGCGGAAAAGGCGGCGCACUAACUCUUCCAGCUCCUCCCCCGUGGUGCUGAAGGAGGUCCCCAAAGCGAGCACCCCGAUUUCCAAAACUAUCACCGUGCCGGUCAGCGGCAGUCCUAAAAUGAGCAACAUCAUGCAAAGCAUCGCCAACUCUCUUCCUCCCCACAUGUCUCCUGUCAAAAUCACUUUCACCAAGCCCACCACCCAGACCACCAACACCACCACGCAGAAGGUAAUAAUUGUGACAACUUCUCCGAGCUCUACUUUCGUGCCCAACAUCCUUUCUAAGUCCCACAACUACGCAGCGGUCACAAAGCUGGUGACCACAUCUGUACUGACCUCCUCCAGCCAGAAACAGCCAAUGGUCAUCACCGCCAGCUCAGCCCCUUCUCCUACGCCCAGCACGGUGGCUGUGACAACUGUGGUGUCCUCUACGCCCUCUGUUGUCAUGUCAACUAUAGCACAAGGUGCCUCUUCUGCUGCUGUUAAAGUGGCCUCAGCGAGACUCCCCUCUCCCAAGACUAUGAUGGGCUCGCCCACUCAGAUUCUGGCGCAGUUCCCCAAACAGCACCAGCAAUCCCCCAAACAGCUGCAGCAGGGCACCCCGGCCCCAACAUCUCUGAGCACCCCGCAGGCUACCCAGACCCCUCCUGCCACAAAGCCCACCAUCCAGAUCAAGCAGGAGUCAGGAGUGAAGAUAAUCACCCAGCAGAUACAGCCCAGUAAAAUCCUGCCCAAGCCAGCCACUGCUGCCCUGCCCAGCAGCAGCACUUCCCCCAUCAUGGUUGUGAGCAGCAACGGUGCAAUCAUGACAACCAAACUCGUUUCCACGCCAACAGGUACCCAGGCCACCUACUCUCGCCCGACAGUGAGCCCCGCCAUCGGCGCCCGCAUGGCCGCAUCUCCCGGGGGCACCACCUACGUCAAGACCACCAGCGGCAGCAUCAUCACAGUGGUGCCCAAAUCGCUGGCCACCCUGGGCGGGAAGAUCAUCACCAGCAAUAUCGUUUCUGGUACAACUACGAAGAUAACCACUAUUCCUAUGACAUCCAAGCCUAACGUCAUAGUGGUGCAGAAGACCACGGGGAAAGGAACGAUUCAGGGGCUUCCAGGCAAAAAUGUUGUCACGACAUUGUUAAAUGCAGGAGGAGAAAAGACUCUGCAGGCAGUUCCAGCUGGAGCAAAGCCAGCGAUCAUCACAGCCUCUCGCCCCAUCACCAAGAUGAUAGUUACUCAGCCCAAAGGCAUGGGAUCUGGGGUGCAGCCGGCCACUACCACCAAGAUCAUACCCACCAAGAUUGUCUAUGGGCAGCAAGGGAAAACACAGGUGCUGAUCAAGCCGAAGCCCAUGGCAUUCCAGGCCACAGUGGUGAGCGAGCAGGCCCGACAGCUCGUGAGCGAGACGUUGCAGCAAGUGUCCCGCGUGACGGAGGCAGGGCAUGCCUCCGCCCAGGAGGGGGCGCUCAAGGAGGAGCCUCCGAGCUACACAGAGAGCAGCUCCUCUUCAUCAGAGUCCUCCCACACUUCACAAGAUUCCCAACCUAUAGUUCAUGUAAUUACCUCUAGAGGUCAGGAGUGGACAGAGCAUGAAGUUGCUGUAGAAUCCAGUCCCACUAUUAUUUACCAAGAUGUAACUGGGGAGUCCCAGUCCGCUACUUCCACUAUUAAGGCUUUGCUGGAGCUGCAGCAGACUACAGUCAAAGAAAAGGUGGAGUCUAAGCCGCGACAGCACACGAUUGACUUAAGUCAGAUGGCUGUGCCAAUCCAGAUGGCUCAGGAGAAGAGGCAGCCCUCCGAGAGUCCCGUCAUCGCUGCAGUGGAGCCUGAUGUGGUUACAGAGUACAUCGCUGCUGGCAAACCGAGCAAAGCCGGAGUGUCCUUGGCCGGGCCAGGCGGCGGGGACCUGGCCCUGAGCUCCCUGCUGUCCUCCAGCCAGCCGCCCAGAGCCCAGCAGCAGGGGGCGCCCUCGCAGCCAGCGGGGCCGACCCCCGUGGUGGUGAAGCCCCUCCCGUCGGCCUCCCCGGUCACCGUGACGCGCAUCGUGCAGCAGGCUGUGGUGAGCCAAAUGACACACGGCAAGCAGGCGGAGGAGCUGGCAGUGGAGGAGGGGGAGCUAGAGGGGGACACUCUGGACCCGCAAACUGGCUUGUUCUACAGGUCCUCUCAGCCUGCAGCCCAACAGCAGCAGCAGCAGCAGCUAAAGCAAGCCUCACAGCAGCAGGAGCAGGGUAGACACUUACCCCACCCCACUCAGCAGCAGUUGCAGAGCAAACCUGGCAGUGCUGGCAACCAGACAGUCGGUCAGCCCUCCUCUCCCAAGCAAAAGGUACUUGGACUGUUCCAACAGGAGCAGCAGCAAAAGCCAGCAGCCCAACAACAACAACAACAACAACAACAACAACAACAACAGCAGCAGCAGCAGCAGCAGCAGCAGCACGUGGUGUUGAAGGAGAGGCCCGUCUCUGGGCCAGGGACCCAGCCCUCGCAGACUGUGGUGCAGGUGAUCGCCGUGAAGCCACCUCACACUCCUCAGCUCCCCAAACUGCAGCAGGCUCCCACCACCCAAAACCGGCCCCUCCACACCCAGCUUUCCCAGCCCCCACCCCUGCAGGCCCACCACCCCGUGGUGUCGGAGAAACAUCCUCCGAGCCAGGUGCAGCAGCCCAUCAUCACUCAAGGAGCCACUGUAACGAAGAUCACCUUCGGGAGUCACCAGGCCCCCGCGGUCUCCAAACCCGGCAGCGGAGAGGUGGUGGCCAAGCUGGCGCCGGCGCCGGGGCUGGGCUCGGGGCCAGGGCAGCCGCCGGAGAAAUCGUCCGUAUCGGACAUCUUGAAGAUCUCGAUGAUGGAGGCUCGGAUCGAUCCGAGCGUGGAGCCCAUGGUGCUGGACUCCUCCAGCGAUGGCAGCCCCUUUGGCAAAGGCGUGGGGGGGUCGCAGGGCGCGGUCCCGGGGCAGCUGAUCAGCAGCUCGGCCGCCGCGCUCCUCCACUCCGGCCAUUCAAAGCAGCUGCAGCACGGCCCGUUCUCUCGCAUUCAGAGCCUGGCUGGGCAGAAGAGCAAGGACGUGGAUGUGAUACAGGUUAUCCCGCAGUAUUCCAUAACGCCCGAUUCCAGCCAGUCCAAUGUGGUGGUGGAGCCCAGCGGUUUCCUGGAGAUUACCAACUACACCAGCCAGCGGCUGGACGAGGAGACCGUCAUGGAGCAGGAAGUGGACAGCAGCAACGACGAGGGGGCGGAAGUCAGCCCGCUGGAGGGCUGUGCCGACCAAUCGCAAUGACCCACUGUCGCCAAGGGGAGGAGCAAGUCCGAGACCGAGCCGGAGUGGUGCACGCGGUUUUAAACCUUCUAGUUUUGUUUUGUUUUUUAAGGGCCACACGUUCCCAAUAAUGUCUGCUGACACAGAGAAGAACAACAACAACAAAAACUUACACGCUAAAAGCAACACUGCCGGAAAGGGACAACAGGGGCCAAAGCGAACUCUUGAAACUGCUCAUCUGGGAGAGACGACCGCAAUACUUGGGUGUUGCAGAUCAAAGGAGUGGUGAAUCCUGAGGAACCACGUCAGUGAAAGCAAAGCAGAAUAGACAAAAAAGUAGCAUUUUCCUCCUUUCAUUUUUUUAACACAUGUAAAUAGUAAAAGCACAUUUUAUGUCUUGUGUACAUGAUACUAAACUUAAAACAGAAAAAUACAGCCAGGAGGUAUCUGUGAAGUUUCAGGGGUUUUUUUUUUGCAUUUGAGAAAGUACUGUCUCCCUGGACUGAACCUUAGCAUUGUUUUUUGUAAACAUCACAAGAAUCUAGAGUGAUCUGCAGACGAUAGGGUUUUUAAAAUCCUACGCAGCGGACACCUUUCGUUUUUGUAUUUCCCUAAAAUGCAAGCAAACCUUUUGUCAUCGUAUGGGGGGGAAAACACCAGGAAAUGCCCUGCAUUGUAACAGCAUCCACAAGACUGCCUUCUGUUCUGCCUGUACAUUGUUUCAAAAGAUGACUUAAGCCAGAGAAGUAGCAGAAAUUAGUUUUGUCAGGGGGAGGGGAGCUACCAAACCUUUUGACUUCUUUAUCGCAGUGUACGUGGAGAAGGUUUUAAAAAUCACCCUGAGUUAUUAAUAAUUCUUUGCAGGAUGUUUCAUGAGCUUUUAGAUUUGAGUGAUAGCGCUUUGACUAUUGAGGAAGAAGGAGCAGUUUGUUUUCCAUUACACUUGGAACAUGCAUUCUGUACAGAGAAGAUGACAUUCAUAGGGACUCGGUGUUUGUAACUUUGGCUCAGUUGGCGCCAUUUUUGAAUCUUAUGCCGAUCAUGUAGUUAAAUCACUUUGUGAUUUCUCCGUCACAAAAUGAGUGAAAUGUAAAAAUUAUAUGUAGUAGUCUAAAUGUUUAAUUAAGCCCGUAAGCUUUAGCACUUUGAAAAUAAUAUUCAUUACUGUAUUUUAAUUUGCAGACAAAAAACAUCCAUUUGAGCUGCUUUUAUUUCUCUGGUUAAUUUAACUGGUUAAGUGAUUACAAUUUCUGAAAUUGCAACAUUUCCACAAAAAAUAACCCAAAAUGACAGCAGCAUUGAGAUUUCCAUUUGUCAACUCUACCGGAAUGCAGUAUUACACCUGGUUUAGAGGGAUAACAGGCACUGAAAUAAAUGAGGUCAAAUUACUUUGGUGUUGGAUGACAUUAGUCCAUAGUGUCACAGUUACAAAAUAAAACAAAGAAUUAUAGUUUUCUUGGAUAAAACCCUCAUCACUUUUGUUCUUUGAAAGGAAUAAUGCACUCAGUUACACUCUCUACAUUUGAGAGAUGGUUGAUGUAAAAAUUGAGAGGUUUUAAAAGAAAUAAUUCUAGGCAUAUCUGGACGCGAAAUACACUCUUCCUGUAAGAAAGUAGGGAAGUAAACCUGUACAGGUAGUAAUAUAAAUGGAAGGAGAUAAUGAGAUAUGUAAUAUCUCCUAAGGUUUCUCUCACUCCAAGAUACUUUAUGACUAUAAAAUAAAUACUUCCUCAGAAUUAGGACAGCAGUAAGGACUUUAGUACUGUUUGUAAGUGUAUUUUGAAGUUUUAUGUUCAUGCCAAACCAAGAAGACGGCCUUCAAAAAUCCAACUUAUGAUUCAUCAUUUUAAUAUUUUGGGAUGUAACUCCUGUUAAUUAUCCUGUUCUGCACGAUUCAGAGUGUGUCGCAUGCUGCUUUAAAGAAGCAGAAUUGAACUCCCAAUAAGUUAUUUCAGGUGAGUUUGUGAAUAAUCUGACAUUAAUUUUCUUUUUGCAAAUGUUGUUCUAUUAAGAAUGUGUAUUUUCUUUUGGACAAUUAAAUCAGCCCAGUUAGUUUUCAGGAUGCCUGCAUCUUCCACAUGGGGCCGGUACCAAGAUACAGAGAAAUUGCAUAUGCAGUGAUUUUUAAUGGAUUUGCUGCAGUAUCUGUUAUCUCCAUAAUACCAAUACAUUUAUUUCUUCUUACAUUGAUUAUGAUUUAUAUUACAAAUAAAAAAUAUUUUUAAUUC